AUGAUAAAGACAGAAGUUUUGAAACUGUGGUUGGCAGGAACAUCUGCGAAUAUUGUGGACGCAAACUUGGGUAUUCUAAGAGGCAGAAUAGCAGAAGUACAGAUGAAGGAGAGGUUGGACAAAUGGUGCAAACUAGAAAAUGGCUGGAAUUAUCAGUCUGGUUAUGAUCACAAACGCAAGAGAGAUGCUAUCUUAUCGGAGUCUUUAGAGCUCAUGGGGUUUGCAGUAUUGUACACUGGAAGGUCGCUUGCUUUUAAGUCAAGCCCUUGGCUUUCUGAGCAAAGUGGCGGAAGAGCUUCUUGA